GGGAAGGGCUGGCUGGAGGCGGCUCACCUGGCGGGGCAGGUGCCUGACUGCAGCAAGCCAUGCUCUGAGUCAUGCCCAGGCCCGGACAGCCUCGCCCAUCGUCUGGGCCGCCACGCUUGGGUCCCUGGGAGAGGCCAACAGAGCUAUGCCUGGAAACGAAUGAUGAGCGCUCCCAGCCCCCACCAGGCCGCCGCACCCGCAGGCCAGACCCCAAGGACCCUGGUCACCACGGGCCAGAGAGUAUCACCUUCAUUUCAGGCUCUGCAGAACCGGCCACCGAGCCCCCAACCUGCUGCCUCCUCUGGCGCCCCUGGGGGUGGGACUGGUGCAAGGCUGCCUUCUGCUUUCGCCGCUGCAGGGAUUGCCUGCAGCGCUGUGGGGCUUGUGUACGGGGCUGCAGCCCCUGCUUAUCUGCUGGGGACCCCACUGAGGGGUCUGCCGAAGCCGCCUGGGUCAAAGAGCCCAAUGGUGUGCCACCCAGCCCGGACCGUGCACCUCCCAGCCGCCGGGAUGGCCAGCGGCUCAAGUCCCCCAUGGGCAGCAGCUUCAGCUACCCUGACGUUAAGCUCAAGGGCAUUCCAGUCUACCCCUACCGCCAUGCCACCUCCCCAGUCCCUGACUCGGACUCCUGCUGCAAGGAGCCCCUACCCGAGCCCCCUACCACACGGCACAGCCUGCCCAGUACCCUCCCCAGCAGCCCCCGCGGCUCCGAGGAGUAUUACUCCUUCCACGAGUCGGACCUGGACCUGCCCGAGAUGGGCAGUGGCUCCAUGUCGAGCCGGGAGAUCGACGUGCUUAUUUUCAAGAAGCUGACAGAGCUAUUCAGUGUACACCAGAUUGACGAGCUGGCUAAGUGCACGUCAGACACUGUGUUCCUGGAGAAGACCAGCAAGAUUUCAGACCUGAUCAGCAGCAUCACACAGGAUUACCACCUGGACGAGCAAGACGCCGAGGGCCGCCUGGUGCGCGGCAUCAUCCGCAUCAGUACCCGCAAAAGCCGUUCCCGCCCACAGACCUCCGAGGGGCGCUCGGCACGCUCUACAGCCCCUGCUGCUGCCCCUGAUAGUGGCCAUGAGACCAUGGUGGGCUCUGCCCUCAGCCAGGACGAACUGACAGUGCAGAUCUCCCAGGAGACAACAGCAGACGCCAUCGCCAGGAAGCUGAGGCCAUAUGGAGCCCCAGGGUAUCCAGGCAGCCAAGACUCAUCCUUCCAGGGCACGGACACAGACUCUUCAGGGGCACCCCUGCUGCAGGUGUACUGCUAACCCCCACUGGCCCAGCAGUCACAGCCCCUCCUGGAAGAAGCAUAGCCAACGGAGUCGAGGAACCAGGACCCCUUUGUGUGGAGGCCAGAUCCUGAGCCCAGAAGCAGUGACCUCUGGCUUCUUUCGCUGAAUGGCUUUAGACCACAUACAUUUCACAGGACCAUGGUGCCCCAUCCUCUGCCUGUUCAGCUGGACUUACUGCUGCCUGGGCCUGUUUCUUCCUGUGAGCUGAAAGCAAAGUCUUGGGAAGUAGCUUCCCAGUUCCGUUCCCAUGUCACCCUAAGCAAUUAUGGAAACUACAUAGGUUGGGCUGGGGACAGAUGACCUCUAUAUGUGAUUCUCUGGGCAGUGCCCACCUGUUAUA